AUGUCGUACAGUCACGUGGACCUGUGGCCUCCAUCACAGCAGAUCUCCAUGAUCAAGCUGUCGGUUUGGAUCAAAGUCACCUGCAGCACAGCAGUGAAAGAAAUUAUGACUUCAACAGAACAAGUCAUCACGGCAGUAAGCACUGUCCAGAUGUCUUCACCUGGUAAUGACUCGAGCUUUCUGGACUCUGAGUUUCGUUAUCAACUCUUCCCGGCCAUCUAUGGCAUCAUCUUCAUCCUGGGCCUCUUCGCUAACGCCUACGUUCUGUUUGUCCUACACUCUCUGCGUGACGCCAAGGCCAUGAGUGAAAUCCGCAUCUACAUGACCAACUUGACCAUCGCCGAUCUCCUGUUUGUUUGUGCCCUUCCUUUCUGGAUUGGUUAUUACAGUCGCCACGGUGACUGGGUCUACACAGACUUCAUGUGCCGGCUGACAGGCUCGUUUUUCUUCAUCAAUACCUACUGCUCCAUCCUCUUCCUCGCCGCCAUUAGCGUCAACAGAUACUGGGCAGUCGCCAAGCCUCUGAAAGUGGCCUCUUCAGACCACAGGUGCCGUGGGAUCAUCGUGUCUGCUGUCAUCUGGGUGAUGAUCGUGUCAAUGGCUGUUCCAUCUCUGGUGUUUCCAGGUAUCAAUGAAGAUGGGAAUCACAUCACUCGCUGUUUUGAGGGGUACCACGAUCAAACUGAUGCAACGAAGAAAUUUGUGGCUGUCACACAUUUUGCAAUAAUUGGAUUGUUUUCUGUAGUUUUUGUUCUUGUCGUUGUGUGCAAUCUCCUCAUUGCCCGAACCCUACUUUCUCAAAAGCCUCCUGUGUCUGGAACAACUACAUCUAGAAAGUCCAACAGGACCCAGUCUUUCUCAUCCAAAAAGCCCAUGGGGGUGAAACGGAGGGCUCUGCAGUUGUUGAUAGUAGUCGUAGGAGUGUUUGUUCUGUGCUUCCUGCCUCACCAUGUUGUUCAAGGCUUUUGGACACUGGCAGUGUUGCAGAUCAGAGAGGGAUGGGGUCAUGUGGACUGGGACCAGGGGACUCAGCAGGCACUCAACGACGCCCAUCAGAUCACCCUGCUUCUUAUGGGCCUCAACUGCAUUUUAGAUCCUGUGGUUUAUUAUUUUUCCACAAAGAAGUUUAGGAGGUUUAUCAUGGCUCACUUUAAAAAAUUAUCAAAGGGAGACGGGUGCUCACACACGGUCGUAACAGAGAUGUCCAUGGACAGCAGGAAUCAUAGCCAGAGACUACAGAACGGGCACCAAAAGCCUGAUAUGGAUUAACUCAAACAGAUUUAUUUAAAAAUGUAUAUCUGUUACUUUUGUUUGUGAAGUAAUUUACCUCUCAUGUUGCCACUGAUUGAAGAUGACAAAACAUGACAUUUUUGUAUUCAUUAUUUAGUGCUGGUGUAACCACACCCUCUCUCUGCAUACUGUCUACUUUUCUUGCGUGAGCAGAAAAGCAGAACUUUCGCAGACAGACAUACAUUAACAAAACAUGACUGAAAACAAUGCAAAAGGGUGCUUCAUCAGUUUGUGAAAUUAACUCAUGAGGCAUCAAACUGUGAUAAAAUCAAGCAUAAUAC